AUGGAGGAGGAUCCUCUCUGCGGCUUUGAUUUCUCUGACGAAGAAGAGAACACCAUCCAAAGGGACCGUCAAGCAAAGCUCAACCAAACCGAGGAGGCGUUUCAGGCAGAGAAACGGUUAUGGCACCCAGUGUGUCAAAUCAAGCAGGCAGAGAGGAGACUAGAAUUCUCCACAUCACUCACAGACAUACCAUCCUCUAAAGAGGAGGCGCUUGAGAUUAAAGCUGCGGCUGAGGAGCGUUAUUACUUUCGAGACUUUGAGCGCUCAUAUGCGUUAGCUGGAAGAGCAUUGCUUGUUGGUGAUUUGAUGCAGAGCGCCGACAAAAAGGAUCUUGUGGUACUGCAACAGCGGUGUAAAGAGCGUUUGAAGAAAUGA